AUGUCGCCUGGUGUGUUGAGCGCGGAGCCAGGCUUUACAGUCACGCCGAUGAGCAAGACCGAAAAGGAAAAGCCCAAUUUCGGGGCUGUGAUUGAGGAUCUGGAUCUGGAGAGUAUUAAUGCGGACGAGAAGGCGCUCGCCGAAACCAUCUGGACGCAUAAACUUGUUGUUGUCAAGGGCCAGAAGAAUCUAUCGCCUAUCAAGCAGUGGGAGCUUGUGACUCGGUUUGAUCCCGAGGCUCCACAAGUUCACUCGCAUGGCGACGUCAAGACGUUUCAUAAGCAGGGCGGGCUUUUGACGAAAGGAAGAGAUGUGAUAGGCAUCCCCGGCGCGGAAAACGUUCGUCUGAUUGGAAAGGGACAUCAAGGUGAGGAUCACUAUGGCCUCAAAGACGUUACGGUUCAAAAAGGGGUUUUACACGCCUGGCAUGAUCAGCCACCCACGGACGAAGAGUACCAGGCUGGACAUACUCGGUUCCAACGCUGGCAUAUUGAUGCGCCACUGUACGCCCGUGAUCCGGCCUGGUUCACAACGCUGCGUUGCAUCCGGCGGCCCACUGCGCCAACACUUACCAUACACUGGGACGACGGCAGCGGGCAGACCAUGGAGACAGAGCCUGGUCUCACCGCCUUCAUGAGCAGUGUACAGACAUAUGAUAUGAUGACGGACGAGGAGAAGAAAAUUGCCGACCACUCGUGGGUGGAAUAUGCACCUCACCCGUACCAAUGGAUGGGCGACUGUAAAGGACAGCCCAACGGGCUCGGCGUGGUGAGCCAGUGCCAAGAAAAGCGGCUCGAGGAUCUGGGCGAUUACGACCAAAAAGACAUCAAGCGGUACCCCAUGACGUGGGUCAAUCCUGUGACAGGCGAACGAGCCUUUAUGGUCCACGGCAUCUGCGUGCGACGCGCCUUUUUCCGCUCAAGCGCACACGAGGAGCCGCGUGUCGUCGACGACGUAGCUGCGAUUCGCGCGUGGCUCAAGCCCAUCCAGGAACGUGUGUUGAAGCCCGAGUUCAUCCUAUUGCCAAGGGUCGACGAGGGCGACGUCAUCAUGUGGGCGAAUUACCAGCUUUUCCAUACGGCGGUGGAUUAUCCGGAUCACUGGGGCGUCAGGACCAUGCAUCAGGCUAAUAUUGGGGCGAGUGCGGGGCCCGUUGGACCGGUGCCGAUUCCUGUUGCGUGA